GAUUUCAACUUGUUUAUCAUACCAUUGAAACUUAACUGUAUAGUUGAAGAAUUCACAUCAAUUUAGUAUCCAAAGCCAUUGUGCCAAACGUUUAUUUACAAAAUCAUCCAAAAAAUAAUUCUGUUAGUAUUAAUUCUCAUUGGGAUACCAUUCACACUGAAAUUCUAAUUACUCUACAGGACAAGGAAAGUAGUUUUGAGGAUUUACAACUUCAUCACAAAAUUUAAACACAAAAUGGACAAUGAACUAUUGACAACAACAUUAGCAACUUCAAACGUAACAACAGUCUUAACGAAUUUAAGCCGGACAGAUGUAGACAAUUUUCAGUUUCCUGAAGAUGAAGUCCCUAAACCUCCAUUGCUUGUUGUGAAACCGUUUUACUGUCAUUCACUCCCAGGCCAAUUUAUUCUAAAAUGUUAUCGUCGUGAGAUACACUUUACUUGGAUUCCCCCAGACACUAAAAUCGCUAAAGCUAUGGUUAAAUUUCGUGAGUUUCACCAACCAAAAUUUACAACUAUGUCCGAUUAUGGAUGGGGACAUUCAGGAGUUAAAUAUCGCAAUCAUACGAUUACUUCACUCAAACCUAACCGGUUAUACGAAUUUGGAUUAAAUUUGAUAUAUGAAAACAGUACAUUUGAUCGAUUCCCAAAGAUUGGAUCAAAAGAUAUAUGCGCCUGUAAAACGUACCCUGAUGUUCCUGAUGCCCCAUUGGAUCUACGAUAUCACUAUAUGCAAGGUAAUCAAUACACUCUCGAAUGGACACCGAAUGAUGAUAAUGGAGAACCGAUUAUUACAUACAAUAUGAAGUCUAUGCCGAUUGUCUCAAGUAAUUCAGAACAACCAAAAUGGGAUUCAAUCACACCACAUGAUUUAACAGAUAAACAAGCUAAUAUCACAUUGGAUACGAAUCACCAAAGUGCAUUUCAGUUGAGAGCUGUCAAUAAGAUUGGAAUGAGUGAUCCAGCUUACUUGAUCAUAAGACCACCAUUUCAGAAAGUUCCAGAUAAGUCUAUAUUUUGUUUAGCUAAAUUUUUUGAAUGUCAACAUUUUAGCUUCAAUUUUCAAAGUGCAUUGAAUUCAAUUAUAGCAAUUCAUUUAAAAUCUGAAGUCUUUUCAGACAAGAAAUGA